AUGAGCAGUCAAGUCACUGCCAUUUCACCGCCACCACCGCUGUCCACUCAACCACCCCUGCCGAGCAGCGGAUCCUCGUCGGCGUCGUCGUCGAUCGGUCAAUUGGUCGGCAACGGUGGCGACGUGUACAUGACGCCGGUCACGGCAAGCGGUGGCGCCAUCAACGUUGGCCCCACAAGUGCCUCAUCCGACGGUGGCGGUGAUUCUGGCGAAGAAAUGGGACCGUUAUCGCGCGAUCGUUGCAACACUUGGCCAAUGCGACGACCACAGUUGGACGUGAAUGCACAGACGAGUCCAUUGAUACAUGAGCAGAUACCGGAGGAAGACGGAGAGCUUUACGACAGCGCUGAAAACCUGAACGGCAGGCUGGGUGCGAAUUCGACGGCCUCGACGGGCCUUUUGCAUAGCCCCGAUGGCAACAAUACCUUUUCGCCUGGCAGUUGCAACAUGUCGUCGCCGGGUAUGAACGAGGGUGGUGCUCAAGUUGGUAACGAUUCAUUGGAUGGUGGUGUUGGUGGUGCAGGUGUAUCGAAAAAAUCGACAACUCGACGGAAUGCCUGGGGCAAUCUCAGCUAUGCAGACCUGAUCACGCAGGCCAUUAUGCAAAGCCCUGAAAAACGAUUGACACUCUCACAAGAUUUUGUGUAA